ACAGUGACAGCAACAGAAGGACGUGCUGCCUGCCCAACACCUCUGGGUGGCUCAGAUCUGCCCUGCGGAGGACCCAAGUGGAGAGGUGGAUGCUGUUCUUCCUGGCCCCAGCCAAAGCUUGGCGCCUGGUGAUUUUUCACCAUUUUCACAACACCAGACAUAUCCUCAAAGAAUGAAAAUCUGCCUUCACUGAGGUUUAUCAGAAGGUUCUCUAGCGGCCUCAGGAAGCCCUCUAAGAAGAAUUUGAAGAAUGGCUGAGCUGUGGCAGGUGAGGAAUGAGCCCACAGUUCCCUGACAUGACUACGCCAAGGGCCAGCCGGCAUUUGGAUGUCUAAGGCCGUUCCUUCCCAGAGCAGCCAUGUCCGAAGGAGAAAGUAAGGACAGCUCCAGCAGUGAGUGCCCCGUGUGCUACGAGAAGUUCCGUGAUCUGGAGGGCGCCAGCCGGACGCUGAGCUGUGGCCAUGUGUUCUGCCAUGACUGCCUUGUCAAGUACCUGCUCUCCACCCGUGUGGACGGGCAGGUCCAGAGGACAAUUGUCUGUCCCAUCUGUCGCUAUGUCACCUUCCUCAGCAAAAAGAGCUCCCGCUGGCCCUCCAUGCUGGACAGGAGUUCCCAGACCCUCGCUGUGCCUGUGGGCCUGCCCUCUGGGCCACCAUCAGACACCCUGGGCCACACAAAUCCCCUGGCCACCUCCCAGCCUGUCUGGAGACCAUCCCCAGGUCAGAGUGCCCAGCUCCCCUUGGACGUGCUGCCCAGCCUGCCCCGGGAGCCUCAAAUCUUCAUCAUCAGUCGCCAUGGGAUGCCCCUGGGGGAGCAGGACAGUGUCCUGCCGCGGCGCAGCCUGGCAGAGUUCUCUGAGGCAUCCCCGGCCCCCAGCUCCUCCCGGUCAUUCUGCUGCCGCUCCCGGGCCCUCCUGCUCAUCACCCUCAUUGCCGUGGUGGCUGUGGUCGCCGCUAUCUUGCCCUGGGUGCUGCUGGUGAGGAAGCAGGCAUGAAUGGUGGCUCUUACAGGGGCCACCCAGUGAGGCCCAGCCUGACAGCUGCUCUGGAAGCUGCCCUGUUCCACCCAGCCGGGCUGGCCAUGGCCUGGGAGCGGGCAGAGGGCCCCCAGAGCAGACCUGGUCCAACCAAGCCCUGAGGGGUUGGUGGGCAGAGGGGAGGCCUGAGGCAGAGGGCGUUAGGAUGGUGCUAACUGAAAAUAUGGUGGCAUCUCCUCACAUCCCACUCCUCACUCCCAGCAGGGGCUCAGACAAGACAGGGAGGCUGGGAGCUGGUGAUCUCUGAGGCUAGAGCUGAGCUAGCAGCUGAGCUCUGGACUGAACCUCUAGGUUCCAGGCCAGGAUCAAAAAUGUGAUGGAAGCCCCUCCUCAGAAAAAACAUCUGUGCCACCCCCCACCUUGUGUAUCCUCAGCAGGUACUUCUUCUUCCCUCUAAGCUAGAACUGAGCAAAGUGGGAAGAUGGGUGGUUACUCCUUCCUGCGGGGUCCCCAGCCCUGAGGUGUAGUCCUUACCUGCCAGGUGACCUACCUGAAGCCAGGUGGGUCUCCCGAGUGGGGACAAGGAAUUCUUCUGGGUGGGGGCCCCAUAGCAGGACUCCUUCAGGUCAGAAUUCCCACCUAGGAUUCUCUAGUUUUCUCUCAGGAACAAACAGAACGGGUGGCACAGGGGCCAAAAGCACAUGUGUUUCCCAAAAUCCAAGCACCCAUCCAUGACCCUCACAGCUGGACCAGUGUGCACCUCCCUAUCCCCAAGUCCUCCCUGCCCACAUAUUGCCAGCCUGGAAGGUCUUCCUUGAAGAAGUAGCUCAUCUCCGAGGCUGUGGCCCAGGAUUUCUGGGAGAAGUAACAGAAAGGGGUCUUGCCGGGAAGUUGAGGCCACAUCAGAAAACAGGGUUUUCUGUUUUCUGAUAGAGGGUGCGGCCUGCAGAAUUGCCACACAAACAGAAUCAGAGAUCUCCCCCAAGCGUCCCAGGCCCAAACAAUUGUCCAAAUUUUGAGUCUUUGGUUCUCAAGAAUGGACUGGAAGCAAGGAGUGCAGGGGACUCCCGAUGGCCGAGACUUGAGUCAGCUGAGAACUAUGUGGGCAAAUUAACCCCUGAGGGCUCACGCCUCUCUCUGAGCCCAAGUCCUUCUCAUGACCCAACCACUCAUUAGAGGCCACACCAGCCGGGCCAGUUUCCGAGGUGGAUUCCCAAGCUGGGCAGGGUGAGGAAGGGUGGGGAAGAAAACAGCUGUCCUUGUCAGGGAUACUACUGUUUCAAAGAAUCUUGAAAUCCAGGUGCUGUUGGCUGCUGGCCAAGGCCUCUUUACCUGGGGAACCCCAUCCUGGACUUUGCUAGGGGUCCUUGAUGAGAACCACUAGGGAGCAAGUCAUUCUGGAACAGCUGCUUUCUGUUUAUUAAGGCCCAUAAAUCAAUGGGCCAUAAUCUUAAAUUUGGGAUUAAAAACAACAAAAACCUCUAGCUAGUCUCUCAAAUAGGUUGUUGUUCGCAGCCCAAGUUUGCCCACAGCUGAGCCCCUUGCCCCCAGCAGUUUGCUAUCUAUGGGGAAAGGAAUAGAGCGCUGCUUCUUCUCUAUUCCCAAAUGGGUGGUGGUCAUUUGAGGACCAAUGAGGAAUGGGAUCCAUGCUACAGGGGAUAUUUGGGACACAGGGAGGUUUGAUUUAAAGCACGUACGGGCUUCUUUAUGCUCUUUUCAAGACUAGAGAAGAGCACAGGUGCCAUUUG